UCUAGGUUCUAAGAUGUGUGAGCUGUUGGUCUGCAGGUUUUCUAGAACCGGACACUGUCGAGCAAAGCAUCCACGAAGCUUACAUUGAAACGAUCAUGAGAGCCCAGCAUUAUAUUUACAUUGAGAAUCAGUUUUUUAUCAGUCUUCCUUAUCACAAUCCCAAUACGAAAAACCAAAUUGCUGAAGCACUGUACAAAAGGAUCAUAACAGCCCAUAAGUCAAAACAGGUGUUUAGAGUGUAUGUUGUCAUGCCUCUUUUACCAGGGUUUGAAGGUGAAGUAGGUGCACCAUCAGGAACUUCAUUACAUGCUAUAACACAUUGGAACGACCUGUCAAUAUCACAGGGCAAAGACGCAAUUUUGAAUAGGCUGAAAGACGCAGGAAUCGAAGAUCCGUCUCAGUACAUUAGUUUCUAUGGUCUUCGGAACCAUUCUACUCUGAAUGGAGAACCCAUAACAAGAACUAAUUUUACGUCCAUUCAAAGUUGA